CGUACAUACACAUUGUACGUUGUAUACAUUCGCGCAUACGCGAGUCGCGAGGGAGAGGGGGGUGGAGGGAGGAGUGCGCGCAUUCCCCGAUUGUUAUCGCCGCGAAACGCUCGCCGAUUCCUUUGUGCACCGUUCACGCGUCGCUCGCGAUAACAUUGGCGCGAUGACGCCGUCGCUCGAAAGCAUUCGCUUGUGAAUAAUCCCGCGGAGGUGUCGAGGUGGGACGGAGGGAUGCAUCCGCCAUCGUCGCGGUCGUGGCCGUGGUCGUCGUCGUUGCCGUCGCCGUCGCCGUCGCCGCGGCUGCCGCUCGCGAACACGUCGACCUUCUCGUAAUCUUGCAAUUGAUCUCGGGAUCGUUAAUGGCGUUCGAUUCCGGAGCCGGUAUUCCCGACGGAGUAAACACGGUUUUUGCGAUACGAACGCGCGCUUCUCGGAAGAUCAUAGGAAGAUUUGCAUAACCGGAUCCGCGGCUUCUGUGUGUCCGGGUUCUCCGCGGCGGGUGUCGAGAGAGUCAAAAGUUUUUUUCUUCCUUCUCCUCGAUGACUCGCGCGGCGAGCAUCACCCGGCGCAUCGUCCGCGACUGGCAGAUACCCUCGGUUUGUGAAUGAAAAGAUCGACUCGUGCAGGCGCGAGGUGCAUCGAGGCGAGGAUUAUUCCGACAAAUAGGCUGCGACACGCAGCUGUGACAAACGCGUCGACAAUGCUCGAUGGAAUUUGCCAUAGAACGCGAAAACAGAUGACUGUUGCAAAAAAAAAGAAAAAAUACCGCCUUCUAAUAUUACUACCUAUUGCGCAAUUCCUUUGCAUUUUUUUUUCCUUUCAUCGACACGGUACUUUUGAGGGGAUGCAACGUCACUGUAUUCCACGACCUCGCGCUCGAAUGAGCGUUUCUUUAUCAUUCACGCAGUAGUAUGCACACGCGUGUAAUUACUGGCAUUGCGUAAUAAUGGGCCGCGCGCAUAUCGCAUAUACUUAUUUUUCUGUAUUCGCACCUGGGCUCACCGAUGCAUUCGUGUUAAAUUGCUUGCCUACUUGGAGAUGACGUUCCACACGUCUUCGUAGUACGCUGACGGCACUGGACGAUAAAAGCUGACUGUGCUAAGUCGUGUUUAACGUCACAUGAAAAAUUAUUUUACGAUUUGGCCCUCUGAGACUCCAAGAGAGAGAUUGCAUAUCAAUAUCAAUAUUACAAUUCAUCUCUAUCAAUCUACUCUGACUUGAAGAUAAGAAGAGGAGUGAAAAGAUGUACUCCACAAAGAUUAUUUACAUUUUUAUGAAUAAUAAGAUUAAUAUAUGAGCUUAGAGAUGGCCUUGAAAAAUUUGUUAUCUUAUCAAAGUAUCUUGUUUAUCAGAGGGUAAUAUUUUAAAGUAUUAUAUCAUGCAUUUAUACAAGCAAAAAUGAAUGUGAAGGAGAUUAUAAUUUAUAUUAAAGCAUUUAUAUAACAUUGUUGAAUUGGAUCACAAUUUAUAUUAUAUAUCAUGGUGCAGCAGCGGCUUCCUAGUUUUGAUGGUGGUCGAAGUGGACGGCGGUUUAUAUUGACGCUCGCUGCUGGAAUGGUUUUUGGCUUUUUAUCGGCAUGCUUGCUCAUUACAUCUACGAGAGAUGUACCGCAUAUGUUCAGUUGGGUGCCAGGUAACUCUGGCCUCUCUAGAGAUCCUCAUCAUUAUUCGGAAUUGGAGUCAGAGAUUGGUCCUGAAACAGAAGUGAAAUUUCACGGUGAUGAUGAAGAUUUUCAUAAAGGAGAAGACAGAAUAGCUCAAGAUAUGGCACAGAAAGUACGUGUUCUUUGCUGGAUUAUGACUGGCCCGAAGAACCAUCAAAGCAAGGCUCGUCAUGUAAAAGCGACAUGGGGAAAACGCUGUAAUAUACUUCUUUUUAUGAGUUCUGCGGCAGACACCAGCUUACCUACUGUAGUGUUGCCAGUAAAGGAGGGCAGGGAUAAUUUGUGGGCUAAAACCAAAGAAGCGUUUAAAUAUGCAUAUGAGAAGUACAAAGACAAAGUAGAUUGGUUCAUGAAAGCUGAUGACGAUACAUAUGUAGUAGUGGAAAAUCUGCGAUACAUGUUGUCAUCAUAUAAUCCAAAUUCGUCGUUGUACUUUGGCUGCCGAUUUAAACCUUUUGUUAAGCAAGGUUACAUGAGCGGUGGCGCGGGAUAUGUACUUAGUAAGGAAGGCUUACGUAAAUUUGUAGAGGAGGGUUUACCUGACAAGACCAAGUGCCGACCAGAUAAUGGCGGUGCGGAAGACGUAGAGAUGGGAAAAUGUCUUGAAAAGAUUGGCGUACGCGCAAUGGAUACCAGAGAUCCUCACGGACGUGGUAGAUUCUUUCCAUUUGUACCGGAGCACCACUUAAUACCAAAUCACGUAGAUAAGAAUUUCUGGUAUUGGAAAUAUAUCUAUUACGAUACCAAAGAUGGCUUGAAUUGCUGUUCGGACAGCGCUGUCUCAUUUCACUACGUGUCACCAAACAUGAUGUAUGUUCUCGAGUAUCUGAUUUAUCACUUGAGACCGUACGGCAUUAAUCACAGCCUGGAGAGAUCCUCUCCGGAUCGGUCGUCGACGUUGACCGAAUACUAGUCUGUACACUGUCGUAAAUAGAUUUUAAAAUUCUAUAAAUUUUUGGUUUCUACACGAUACUAGUCCAUUCGAGCCAACGAUGCAAAUGUAAUAUACUUUCAGAAGAUAAAAAGUGUGAUAUACCGUACUUCUUAAAUAUAUAAAGUCUUUAUACGUAUCUAUGUUAAACUCAAGACACUAUGGCCAUAAUGGAACUAGAAUAGAAAGGAUAGGGAAAUAUAGUGCAAGUACAAUAGAUAUAAGUCGUGGAGAUUCAAAAUUUUGAUGUUUUUUAGAAAACAUGUCGUGUCAUAUUUAAAUUUGUAAAGUUAAAUAUGUGAUAAUAACUUCUUAAAUAUCUUUAACUUAUCCUAAAUAAAAUAUAUUUCUCAGAACAAAUCUCACAUUUUACUGUCAAUGUAUAUCUCGUCGAAAGUAUUCGUAUUUUAUUUUCCUUUCUUUUUGAAAUUACUUGCUAGAUAAAAAGAAUAUUUUCACGUAUUCCUGAUAAUUAUAUUGGAAAUGUAUAGUACUUAGAUAUAAAAAAGUAAAAUGGGCAAGUAAAAACAUUACUGGUUUAAUUAUUCACUUUUGCUGAUUUCCUCUUACUGAAAUUCAUACAAAAAUAAAAGAUAUUUCCUCCACGAGUUUUUAUUGUGCUUGCAAUACAAUUUCUCGUGUACUGCAAAUAGAAAAAAAUCACAUAUGUAAUUAUAUAUAUACACAUAAAACUGUAUUUCGUAAUAUUAAUAUAAUAAUGGUAAUAAUAAUUUUAAUAAUAAUAAUAAUCCCAAUAAUGACGUACUACCCAGUAAUAAAUACUAUAGAUACAGAGUGA